GAAGCGCCAGGGGUCGUCCGGCCCGCUGUCGGAGCUAUGAUUUUUUUUCCUGCUAGUGAGCGGUCAUGUUGAGCGCUGCACCGGAGCCGACCGUCCUCACCGCGCAACACGUCCACUCCUUCACUUCUCAGUUGCUCUCGUCGCCCGCCGGUUGGCUCCCUUUUGCAGCGCCUGAACUUGCUUUGCGACCGUUUGGCUGCGAUCCCGUUUAUCAUUUCGAGCCAAAAGCCAGAACCGAAACACACAAUGUCUCCGCCGGCGGUUGCAGGGAAGAAGAUGCAGUCCGAGUCGAACCUCGCUCGGUUCGUCGGCUCAGGGUCUGCCGGUAUCGCCGAGCUCGCCGUCUUCCAUCCCGUCGACACCAUUGCGAAGCGGCUCAUGAGCAAUGAGGGGAAGGUCACCUCUCUCUCACAGCUCAACUCCGUCAUCUUCAAGGACAAGGCGGCCGCGCCGCUCGGAAGGAAGUUCGUCUCGCUGUUCCCCGGCCUCGGGUACGCCGCCGGCUACAAGGUGCUGCAGCGGAUAUACAAGUACGGCGGCCAGCCCGUGGCGCGCGACUUCCUGGGCACCCACUACGGCAAGGACUUUGAGCGCGCGUUCGGCAAGAAGACGGGCAAGGCGAUCAUGCACUCGACCGCUGGCAGUCUCAUCGGCAUCGGCGAGAUCAUCCUAUUACCCCUGGACGUGCUCAAGAUCAAGCGCCAGACCAACCCGGAUGCCUUCCGUGGCCGUGGUAUCUUCAAGAUCAUCCGCGACGAAGGGUUCGGUCUGUACAGAGGAUGGGGCUGGACGGCGGCGAGAAACGCUCCGGGCUCGUUCGCGCUCUUCGGCGGCUCGGCCUUCGCCAAGGAGUUCAUCUUCCACCUCCAGGACUACAACAAGGCGACCUGGUUCCAGAACUUUGUCGCGUCCAUCGCGGGCGCCUCGGCCUCGCUGGUCGUGUCGGCCCCGCUCGACGUCAUCAAGACGCGCAUCCAGAACCGCAACUUCGAGAACCCCGAGAGCGGCUUCCGCAUCCUGACCAACAUGGCCAGGCACGAGGGCCCCUCGGCCUUCUUCAAGGGGCUUGUUCCCAAGCUUCUCAUGACCGGUCCCAAGCUCGUCUUCUCCUUCUGGCUGGCGCAGACGCUGAUCCCCGCCUUCGACUCGGCCUUUUCCCGGAAAUGAGAGCGUGGCCAGCAACUGAGAGUGGUUGUUAGAUAUUGGUGAGGAUAACUAAAGGGUAUAUGCUCCUCUUGUGAGACGGCUGCGCCC